AAAACAAACAUGGCCGACUUCUGUUGAUAUUUUGGAAAGCGUUACUCAAGUUUGUGUUUUGUGUUGAAUCUAAAGUGCAUCUCCCGUGGAAUUGUUGUAAUUCUGUUACCAUGGAUACCGGUUCCGUUAAUGGCAUGGAUGACAGCCUCAGGAGACUCGCCAGUUUCCAGGAGUACCCGCUACCAGAGCCAGGCAGGAGGAACCUCGCGUCUUUGUUGACAUACAAUUCCCCCAUGAAGUUGUCAAAAGCUGGGUUUUAUCGCCACCCUGAAGCUCUGGGGGACGAGGUGAAGUGUUUCUAGUGUUCCGUGUCGUUCCGGGGAUGGUCAGGCGAGUCGCCGAUGGCCGUGCACCGUGUCCUUAGUCCGGACUGUGCCUUCUUAGCGAGACACACACCGGCACUUUUGACAGGUCGGAGGCCCGGGAGAACCCGACCAGGUGACCCCCGUAACGUCCGACGACGUUUGCAGAUGAGCACACCGACGUCGACGGAGGACCCACCCAGUGACACAGGCUCUGGUACCCAGGAACAGAGCGUUCUGGCUGUGUACGACAGAUAUAAUACUCCCAGAACGCCCGAACAGUUGGACACUGAAAAUCAGGUCAAUGUGGGUGAUGAACGAAUUGGGUCGAUGUUGUUUGAGAGUCACCGUCUCCUCACCUUCCCCAGCCCUACCCACCCACGGGCUGAGGUGUGGGCGGGGUCGGGGUUUGUGUACCAGGGGGAGGGGGGCGUGGUCAGGUGUGUGUUCUGUGGGCUGGAGAUGUUGUAUGAUGUGGAUGAACCUGUCAAGAGACACCAGGAGAUGUCCAAGAAUUGUCCUGUCAUCAAGUACCUGGAUAUUGGAAAUAUUCCAAGAGACUUGGAAAACAAGAUCAGAUCACAACAACUAGGACAAUCUUGUGACAACAGCUUUGUGGGUGGUGAUCCUAUGUUUAAACACCCCCAGUUUGAGGAAAUGCAGGACAGACUAGAGACAUUUAAAUAUUGGCCUGAAAUCAGACAAACAGCUGAUCAGCUUUGCCAAGCAGGGUUCUAUUUCACAGGGUACACAGACAAGGUUGUGUGUUUUGCCUGUGGGUGUGGCCUGCAUCACUGGAAGCCCGAGGCCGACCCCUGGGUGCAGCAUGCCAGACACGCCCCUCACUGUGUCUUUGUGAAGCAGCACAAGGGAGAUAACUUUACUUUGGAAGCUCAGGAUGCUGAGGCUCUGACAGAGAGCGACACAGCUGAAGACCAGUGUGACACCCCUGGCAGCCCGGCCACGCCCUCCCCACUCCGCCCGAGUCUGGACAUGGCAGCCAUCAAGGCAGCCUUGGCAUGUCAGUAUGAUGUACAGCAAAUCCGACAAGCUGUUCUCAAAUUCUUUAUCUUGUCCCGUGGGUUCUACCCUAACGAGGCACUGCUCCUCGGCACUCUGCGAGCCUCCGACGCCAACUUCUCCCAGCUACAGAGACAAAGGGAGUCAACCCACACCAACGCCCUGAGUCUCAUCAGACAGAGCAAGGAGAUCCAGCAGAAGGACCAGCUGCUGGAGAGGUGCAAGGAGGAGAUGGAGCGCACCCACGAGGAGUACCACACGGAGCUGAGUCGGGAGCAGGCACAGCGGCGGUGUGAGAUGCAGGCACUGACUGCCAGGCUGCAGGCACAGGCCCAGGUCAUCCAGAGACAGGGGCAGAGACACGCCCAGGUGGAGCGCAGACACGCCCAGGUGGAGCGGAGACACGCCCAGGUGGUGCAGGACAAGGACCACCAGCUGGGACACAAGGACAACAUCAUCGGGAGUCAGGGAGAGGAGCUGGACAGGAAACAGAGGGAGCUGAACAGCCUGGCUGUGGAAAUGAGGAGACAGGCCGAGGAGGUGAGGAGACAGGCAGAAGAGAACAGGAGACAGGCCGAGGAGAACAGGCGGAAGGAUGAGGAACUGGAGAGACUGAGGCAGCUUCUACAAGCUAACAACAUACAGAACAACGGCCCUGUCAACAACGCUGCUGCUGCUGCUGCUGUCCCCGCCCCAGCUGUCCCCGCUGACCCCGCCUACGCCCGGUGUAAGGUGUGUCUGGAGGAGGAGGCCCAGUGUCUGUUCCGCCCGUGCCGACACGUGUGUUGUGGCACUCAGUGUGCCCCCCACUUCAUCGGGAAGACGUGCCCCAUCUGUCGGAACAAUGUGCGUGACUGGGAGGUCAUCUAUGUGGCGUAGACACACACCUCAGCCCCAUCUGUCGGAACAGUGUGCGUGACUGGGAGGUCAUCUAUGUGGCGUAGACACACACCUCAACCCCAUCUGUCGGAGCAGUGUGCGUGACUGGGAGGUCAUCUAUGUGGCGUAGACACACACCUCAGCCCCGUCUGUCGGAGCAGUGUGCGUGACUGGGAGGUCAUCUAUGUGGCGUAGACACACACCUCAGCCCCAUCUGUCGGAACAGUGUGUGUGACUGGGAGGUCAUCUAUGUGGCGUAGACACACACCUCAGCCCCGUCUGUCGGAGCAGUGUGCGUGACUGGGAGGUCAUCUAUGUGGCGUAGACACACACCUCAGCCCCGUCUGUCGGAGCAGUGUGCGUGACUGGGAGGUCAUCUAUGUGGCGUAGACACACACCUCAGCCCCGUCUGUCGGAGCAGUGUGCGUGACUGGGAGGUCAUCUAUGUGGCGUAGACACACACCUCAGCCCGGUCUGUCGGAGCAGUGUGCGUGACUGGGAGGUCAUCUAUGUGGCGUAGACACACACCUAAGCCCCAUCUGUCGGAGCGGUGUGCGUGACUGGGAGGUCAUCUAUGUGGCGUAGACACACACCUCAGCCCCAUCUGUCGGAGCGGUGUGCGUGACUGGGAGGUCAUCUAUGUGGCGUAGACACACACCUCAGCCCCAUCUGUCGGAGCAGUGUGCGUGACUGGGAGGUCAUCUAUGUGGCGUAGACACACACCUCAGCCCCAUCUGUCGGAGCAGUGUGCGUGACUGGGAGGUCAUCUAUGUGGCGUAGACACACACCUCAGCCCCAUCUGUCGGAGCAGUGUGCGUGACUGGGAGGUCAUCUAUGUGGCGUAGACACACACCUCAGCCCCAUCUGUCGGAGCAGUGUGCGUGACUGGGAGGUCAUCUAUGUGGCGUAGACACACACCUCAGCCCCAUCUGUCGGAACAGUGUGCGUGACUGGGAGGUCAUCUAUGUGGCGUAGACACACACCUCCGUCUCAGAAUCUUAGUGGCAGCUCUUAGGUGUCUGUUUUGUCCAUGUGUUCGUUUUGUCAUUUUGUUCUAUUGUCUGUCUGUCCCCCGCCAUGAUUUUGCUGGAAUAUUGCUAAAAGCGGCGUAAAACCAUACACACUCACACUAUUGUCUAUCUAUUUUCGAGUCACAGGGACUCCGCGUGUUCCUCAUUUCAUCAGGAAAACUUGCCCCAUCUGUUGGAACUUUGUGUGACUGGGAGAUCAUCUGUGUGGUGUGGACUAUAGACCUCACAUAUUGCUCUACACCAGAAACUGGUAGAUCAUCUGUGUGGUGUGGACUAUAGACCUCACAUCUUGCUCUACACCAGAAACUGGGAGAUCAUCUGUGUGGUGUUGACUAUAGACCUCACAUCUUGCUUUACACCAGAAACUGGGAGAUCAUCUGUGUGGUGUGGACUUUAGACCUCACAUAUUGCUCUACACCAGAAACUGGGAGAUCAUCUGUGUGGUGUUGACUAUAGACCUCACAUAUUGCUUUACACCAGAAACUGGUAGAUCAUCUGUGUGGUGUGGACUUUAGACCUCACAUAUUGCUCUACACCAGAAACUGGUAGAUCAUCUGUGUGGUGUUGACUAUAGACCUCACAUAUUGCUCUACACCAGACACUGGGAGAUCAUCUGUGUGGUGUGGACUAUAGACCUCACAUCUUGCUCUACACCAGAAACUGGGAGAUCAUCUGUGUGGUGUUGACUAUAGACCUCACAUCUUGCUCUACACCAGAAACUGGGAGAUCAUCUGUGUGGUGUUGACUAUAGACCUCACAUCUUGCUCUACACCAGAAACUGAGAGAUCAUCUGUGUGGUGUGGACUAUAGACCUCACAUCUUGCUUUACACCAGAAACUGAGAGAUCAUCUGUGUGGUGUGGACUAUAGACCUCACAUCUUGCUUUACACCAGAAACUGGGAGAUCAUCUGUGUGGUGUGGACUAUAGACCUCACAUCUUGCUCUACACCAGAAACUGAGAGAUCAUCUGUGUGGUGUGGACUAUAGACCUCACAUCUUGCUCUACACCAGACACUGGGAGAUCAUCUGUGUGGUGUGGACUAUAGACCUCACAUAUUGCUCUACACCAGAAACUGGGAGAUCAUCUGUGUGGUGUUGACUUUAGACCUCACAUAUUGCUCUACACCAGAAACUGGGAGAUCAUCUGUGUGGUGUGGACUAUAGACCUCACAUCUUGCUCUUCACCAGAAACUGGGAGAUCAUCUGUGUGGUGUUGACUAUAGACCUCACAUAUUGCUCUACACCAGAAACUGUUACAUGUCAUGACCUGUAUAGAAAUGCUAUUUUAGCGGAAG